ACAACACUUCUCUUGUGCUUCGCUCUGUUCUGGGAGGAGCAUGCACACUGGAACUUGUUCCUUGUUUUCUCUUCUUGGGACAAACCCUCGUAGUCUGACUCACCUGUCGGUUAACCUGUAGUACAAACUGCCGGUGUCCCAGGCUGUUGUCACUUCAUGUGGCGUCAUGAACACACUCCUACUUUCCUGUCAACUGUACGGAAAUCUGAGCUUUGGGCGGAUUGUACAACAGCGUGUUCACUUCCCCCUCUCCGGCGCUACUACGCUGCUGGUAGCAACAGGCAUGCUACUAACCGAAGUAGUAAACUGUACAAGUGAACGUAAAGCAGGUUUGUAGCUGUUUUUGUCAUCAUGGGGGAGUCGGACGCGAGGACCGGGGCCUUUACUCGCCGGAGAAGGGCGACUUAUGCGGCCGGGAGAGGCGCGAGUCUGCUGGCGAUGAACGGGAGGUCUGCGGCGGGGUGUGAGAGCUCGGUGGCCGCUAACGGCAGCAGAGGAGCUGGGCAGGAGAAGCGCGACCGCUCGCUGGAGACGGUCCGGUCCAAACCAAAGAGUGAGAAAAAGAAACACAGGAAUGACAUAGGUGACAGACUUAGCUGUCAUAAGACACAGCAGUCCCUGCUUAGUUCAGCCAGCGGUUUCAACAACUACAGAGGAGUCCUCAAUUGGUGUGUGGUCAUGCUGGUUCUGAGUAAUGCUCGCCUCUUCUUAGAAAACCUGUUACGGUACGGUAUUCUAGUGGACCCCAUUCAGGUGAUUUCCUUGUUUCUGAAAGAUCCCUACAGCUGGCCAGCAGGAUGCCUGGUGAUUGUGUCCAACAUCUUCAUUCUGGUGGCUCUCUACACAGAAAGGCAGCUGUCGAAGGGUUCUUUCAGUGAACUUAUGGGAUUUCUGGUCCAUUGCAUUAACCUGGCAAUAAUGUUAACGUUCCCUGCUGCAGUGGUCCUACUGGUCCCCUCCAUGACCCCAGUUGGUGGUGCGUUUGUUCUUGGCACCUACACCAUCCUCUCUCUGAAGCUAUACUCCUAUAAGGACGUCAACAUGUGGUGCAGAGAGCUGAGCACCUUCAAUGCCAAAAAACUGGCCAGGUCACUAUCUUGUCCGUCAGCACAGCACCUCAGUGGACACGACCGUAAAGUGUGUUACCCUGGCAACCUCACCAUCAGAGACAUGUACUAUUUUGUCUUUGCUCCGACUCUGUGCUAUGAACUCAACUUCCCUCGCUCGCCUAACAUCCGCAUGGGUUUCCUGCUGAGGAGACUGUUUGAGAUGCUGUUCUUCACCCAGUUGUUAGUUGCUCUCACUCAACAGUGGAUGAUUCCCAUCAUUCAGAGUUCCAUGAAACCAUUAGAGGACAUGGAUCUGUCCAGGAUGACUGAGAGACUUCUAAGAUUAGCUGUUCCUAAUCACUUGCUGUGGCUGAUGUUUUUCUACUGGUUCUUCCACUCGUCUAUGAACUUCACUGCUGAACUGCUGUGCUUUGGAGACAGACAGUUCUACAAGGACUGGUGGAACUCUGAGUCAGUGACAUAUUUCUGGCAGAACUGGAACAUCCCCGUACACAAGUGGUGUCUCCGCCACUUCUACAAGCCGCUGCUCAGGAGGGGAUUUAGUAAAAUAGUCAGCCAAUCAGCUGUCUUCUUCUUGUCUGCUUUCUUUCAUGAGUAUUUGGUGAGUGUUCCUCUCAGGAUGUUCAGACUUUGGGCCUUCAUGGGCAUGAUGGCACAGCUUCCAUUAGCCUGGUUUGUUGGCAGCUUCUUGCGCGGUAACUAUGGCAACGCUGCAGUGUGGAUCUCAAUCAUCAUUGGUCAGCCAUUCGCCGUCCUGAUGUACGUCCACGACUACUACGUCCUGCACUACAGACAGGAGGCUGACUGAAACACACACACACACACACACACCUUUCUCCCAGUUUGUCUCACUCAUACACCUAAACAAACAGUUACAGAAACAAAAAGUACCACUAGUGCCCAGUGGAGAUGACAGAUUAUCAUUAGGGUCUAAAUGUCAGGAUGAACUGAUCCCAUCCUGAUUAUAGCAUGUUUACACUAAACAACUUCAGUCGUCUUGCCAGGUACAACAUUUUCCUCAGUCUGGGGAAUCAUUGGUUAUUGUUGAUGUUGAAGUGGAAAUUGUAGAAAAAUGUUGAUUCUUGAAAUACCACUUUAACUUAAGGAGAAGUUUUUCACUUCUGUGAAAUAGUGGUGAUAUAGUAAAACAGCAUCUCACUCAGGUGAUUUUUCUAGCGGUUUCUUUUUAAAAACUUCUGGUAGCCACUUUAGUCUGACAUUGCUGAAUGGAUAAACCUGUAUUUGGUACAUCAAAAGCCCUUUCUUUGUUUUACCAUAGAGGCGUUGCUGCUCUUCAACUGUGUGCAUGGACAGUAUAAUGACUGUAACUGAUUUUUAUCAAUUGUCAAGUUGACAACAUGAAUCAAGUGCCUUUUAUAGAAGUUAUGACAGAGAUUAUAUGAUUUACUGUGUUUCCUCUUUCCCUUUUCUGGGAGCCAAAGGGGAUUUAUUAUUUCAGGUUUUACUGUAAGAUGAAACAUCAUUAGCAAAAGGUGAAUGUAUGAUUAUAGGAUUUUAUGAAAGUCCUUUUUUUUUUUUAGAUAUCAUUUUAAUUUGGCAUUAAGUUUGGUGUUCUUGUGUGUUUUUUUUCCUGUUUGCUUCAAGUGUGUUACAGUGGUACAGCAUUAGGUCCAAUCACAUGCGCAAAGUCACUGAGUUUGUGGGGGGGUUUUUUUGUCUGCAACUGUCUUAUUGGACUUCUGCCAAUGUCUAAUGAUGUGUCUAUAAAUAAAAUGUGUGUGUCUGAAAAUA